CUAUAAAUCCUUUCGGUUUGCUUCUUUUAGCUGCACUGCGAGCUGUCUGCCAUGGCUUUUUCCGCCUCCUCUUUUGCGAUGCUCUUAUCUAUUUUGUUCUUGUCGGUCUUCUUCGUGGCGAAGCAGUCGACGGCGCAGUUCCCGCCGAUGGACUUGACGGUUGUGAACAACUGCCCCUUCCCGCUGUGGCCGGCCAUCCAGCCUAACUCCGGAAGCGAUGUCCUUGAGGGCGGCGGCUUCUUCCUCCCCUCCCUUUCUCACCGCACCUUUCCCGCGCCGACCCGCCCCUGGUCUGGUCGCAUCUGGGCCCGUACUAGCUGCGUCGGCGGCGCCGACGGCCGCCUCUCUUGCGCCACGGGCGACUGCGGCGGCCGCUUCUCGUGCGGCGGCCUCGGCGGCGCGGGCCCCACCAGCCUCGCGCAAAUCACGCUCCACCACGGCGGCGGGCGCGACCUGACGUCCUACGGCGUCAGCCUCGUCGACGGGUUCAACGUGGCGAUGACGGUGACGCCGCACGAGGGGAAGGGGCGGUGCCCGGUGGUGGGCUGCCGAGUCGACCUUCUAGCGACGUGCCCAGCGGUACUGCAGGUGAGGGCCCCCGCCGGCGGCGGAGGCGUGGUGGGGUGCAAGAGCGGCUGCGCGGCGUUCGGCACCGACGAGCUCUGCUGCCGGAACCAAUUCAACAGCCCGAACACCUGCCGGCCGAACACCUUCUCGGAGUUCUUCAAGCGCGCGUGCCCGGCCACCUUCACCUACGCCCACGACAGCCCGUCGCUGACCCACGAGUGCGCCGCCCCGCGCGAACUCAAGGUCAUCUUCUGCCAUUGAUGAGCGGUCGACUCGCCGGGGAUGAAUAAGAAGUUAAUUAGUAGACGCUGUUGUUUAAUCUGCUAUUACUGGAAUAAUUAUUAGAUUAAUCAGCGAUUAGCGUAAGACUGUUGUCGUUGUGGCCUUUGGUUUUGGUUUCUGUUCUAUAAUGAAUUGGUCUCGUUGCUAGCUAGCUAGCUAAUGAAUUGGUUUACGUGCUUUAAA